UACCUCUUUAAUGACGUAGCGAAAAAUAAUAGAGAUCUUUAUGGACAUCUGCGGCUGCUUUGGAUAUAUUAGGAAUGGGUCAUUUAGAUUGUACUGUUCUUCCCAACUCUGCGACCAUUUUGUUAUUGUUAACCUGUGUAUUUGGACUGUCUCUUGGUACGGAACUGGGUUUUGUGACGUGCGGAUCCGUCCUUAAACUGUUAAAUACAAAGCACAAUGUAAGACUACACUCGCACGACGUACGCUACGGCUCCGGUAGCGGUCAGCAGUCUGUGACAGGGGUGACUUCAGUGGAAGACAGCAACAGCUACUGGAGUGUCCGCGGAACAAUCGACACCUCGUGUCAUCGUGGCACCCCGAUCAAAUGCGGGCAGAAUAUUCGUCUCACCCACGUCAACACGGGCCGCAACCUGCACAGCCACUACUUCGCCUCCCCGCUGUCCUCUAACCAGGAGGUGAGUGCAUUUGGCGACGAAGGGGAAGGGGACCACCUGGACGAGUGGACAGUCCAGUGUGGAGGAUCCGUGUGGAAUCGCGAGGAGGCCGUCCGCUUCCGCCACAAGGCCACCGAUGCGCUGCUGUCGGUGACGGGGGAGCAGUACGGGCGGCCGAUCAACGGUCAGAGGGAAGUUCACGCCAUGUCGAGCCCCAGCCAGCACAGCCUGUGGAAGGCCAUGGAGGGCAUCUUUCUAAAGCCCAGCGAGAACCUGGCAGGCAGCCGGGACUACAGUCACCUACACACAGAGUUCUGAAGGCCACACUUCUUUUGUUUCCUUCACUUCCCGUUGUCCACUGCCGCAUUGCACUACACUUACACUUGUUCCAGACACCUCUCUUGUUGUUUGCCAUCUUUUGAAGUGACUGUGCCAAAGUCUCUCAUGGAUCAAGUGGCAACAACUUCAAUGUUGGGUUUUAACAAAACACAACUUGAAUCCUCAAAAAUCCAGCAGCUACACGCAAUAGAGCCAAUACAAUUUCUCUGCCUUAACAGGUGCACAGAGACAUGAAGGUGUUAAAAAUGCCGUUUUACUCUAUAAAGACACACUUUUCCACAGUUUGAAGCUUUGCAUCCUCUCAGCUGUUUUGUUGAAUAACUGCCAAUAUCAGGCAGUGCAGGUUUUGCAGAAGUAUUAAUUCAUCAAGUGAAUGUUGUGUUUGUUGAUCAAAAAAAAUGUUACACCUGUGCCUUUAUCCCUUUUAAAAUGUGCUAAAUUCUAGGUAUUUGAACUGCGGAAACUUUUGAAAACAUACAAAUUUGAAUGUGUUUUUAUGGCUUUUGGAAGCCAUAUUGUACUCAAUGCAUAAGAAGUAUUACCUUUGUAAAUGGCUUUCUUUUCCCUUGAAUUCAAGUGUUUCAUAUAAAUUAUUUGACACUGACAUAACAGAAUAAGCCUUUUUUUUUCUCUUCAGAGGUGUUUUUUACAUGUACAUCAUUGACUGGAUGCUGUUGGUUGUCAUGGUUCAAUCAGUUUUCAAGUUCUGGGAGAAAGUACAGUGUUUUACAUUUAUACACAUGUGUAUGUGUUAGAUCAACUCUUUGAGAGGUUCUCGUUAGAAACAAACAUGCAAUGAAUACCUCAUAUUAAAAUGGCUUGUAUGCAGUA